AGUUUUUCACCAUUGCUGCGCUUGAAAAUUGAAACAGUGAAUGGCAGAGGCAGUUUUAUUCAACAUAGCUGAUGAAGUCCUGGAAAAGCUAGGCAGACUUGCUCUCCAGGAAGCCGGAUUGGCUUGUGGUGUCAAAGAACAGCUUGAGAAACUGAAAAACACAGUUUCCACCAUCAGAGCUGUGCUUUUGGAUGCAGAUCAGGAGCAGCAUGAUGCCAAGAGCCAUGAGGUUAGAGAUUGGCUUGGAAAGCUUAAAGAUGCAGUUUAUGAUGCAGAUGACCUGUUAGAUGAUUUUUCAACUCAUGUUUUGAAACGCCAAGUCCAGGGGAAAAGGGCAAAACAGGUCAGUUUUCUGUUCUCAAAAGUUAACCAAGUAGCUUACAAUCUUAAGAUAGGUCAUCGAAUCAAUGCCAUUAGGGAGAGAUUAGAUGCAAUUGCUGAAGAUAAAACCAAAUACCACUUUACGGAUCGAUUGUCUACAAGCGUACCACUUGUGAAGGUUGAGAGGAAGCAGACACAUUCUUUCGUCCGAAAGGAAGAUGUAGUUGGGAGGCAAGGUGACAAAGAUGCAAUCAUGAAAAGGUUGUUGGACGCAAUAGAUGGGGAUAAUGUUUCAGUAAUUCCAAUAGUUGGGAUAGGGGGACAAGGGAAGACCACUCUAGCUCAACUUGUGUACAAUGAUGAGAGAACUGUGAAACAUUUUGAGCUGAGGAUCUGGGUUUGUGUUUCUGAUGUUUUUUAUGUGAAAACCAUAGUUGAGAAGAUUUUGGAGUCUGCUACUAAUUCCAAGUUUGAAAAUUUCGGGAUGGAUUCCUUGCAAACUCAGCUUCGGAGGAGAAUCGAUGGCCGAAAGUACUUACUUGUGUUAGAUGAUAUGUGGAACGACAAUCGAGAGAGGUGGCGGAAUUUGGCGGAUUUGUUGAUGAAUGGUGCAAGGGGGAGUAAGAUAAUUGUCACUACGCGUGCUCAACUGGUUGCCUCCAUUACAGGCACAAUCCCACCUUAUAUGUUGGAAGGUCUUCCAGACGACAUGUCUUGGUCCUUGUUUGAAAAAGUGGCAUUUAAAGAAGGCCAAGAGCCAAAUGAUUCAAGAUUAGUAGCAAUUGGGAAGGACAUUGUCAAAAGAUGUGCUGGUAAUCCCCUCGCCAUAAGGACCAUUGGCGGCGUUCUAUAUACCAAAGAUACUGAAACCGAGUGGCUAUCUUUGAAAGAGAGGCAGCUGUUGACGAUAACUCGAAAUGAAGAUGAUGUAUUAUAUGUACUGAAGUUGAGCUAUGAACAACUGCCACCAUAUUUAAAACAGUGCUUUGCUUACUGUUCAUUGUUCCCUAAGGACUACGAGAUAAACAAGCAGAUGCUGAUCUUACUUUGGAUUGCAGAAGGGUUUAUACAAUCAUUUCAGGGAGUUCAAUGCCUCGAGGAAUUGGCGGACGAGUAUUUCAUGGAUCUCCUAAGGCGGUCCUUUUUUCAAGACGUUGAAUACGAUGAAUGGGGCAAUGUAAUAAGUUGCAAACUGCAUGAUCUCAUGCAUGACCUUGCUCAAUUAGUUGCAGGGAGUGACAGCACCAUGGUAGAUCUGGAUUGUAAAAACUUAUGUGAAAGAACCCGCCAUGUGUCAUUCAAUGCCGUGUUAGAUUCAUCCUGGAAAAUCCCGCCCCCUUUGCUUAACAUGAACAAAAUACGGUCAUUUCUUCUUCCCAUUCAACCUGUUCAUCGCGUGAUUUUGGACAAGGUCGAUCAUGAUACAAUCAUUUCAAGUUUGAGACGUUUGCGUGUAUUGGAUCUACACAAUACCGGUCUUCGCAUUCUGCCGAGUUCCAUCAGUAAGUUGAAACAUUUGAGGUAUCUUGAUCUCUCCAAGAAUGAAGUCAUCAAAAAACUCCCGAGUUCAAUUACCGAGUUGCGUAAUUUGCAGACACUGAAAAUUUAUUCUUGCAAGAGAUUAGAAGAGCUUCCUAGAAAACUAAGAGACAUGAUCAGUCUUAAGCAUCUCGAGACUGGUCAAUGUACUGGUUUGACACAUAUGCCAUCUGGGAUCGGGCAGCUAACAUCUCUUCAAACAUUAACACGAUUUGUAGUAGGCACGAACUCCAUCGAAAGGAGCAGUGGAGGCCUAAGUGAACUAAAAGACCUAAAUGAGCUGAGGGGAGAACUAAUGAUAGCAAAGCUGGAAAACUUGAGAAAUGUUGCAUCAGAAUGCAAGGAAGCAAACUUGAAUGGGAAACAACACCUUGAGGUGUUGACAUUAGAUUGGAGCCGAGAAGUUACGAAUGUAAGUUCUGAAGAAGAUAAAGCAUUGUUGGAAGGUCUCCAGCCACAUUUAAAUCUUAAAGAGUUUCACAUUUAUGGAUAUAGAGCUGAAAGGUUCCCGAAUUGGAUGAGUUUCGACUUGUCACUGCUACUCCCGAACUUACUUGAAAUCACUAUAUGGAAUUGUACCAGAUGCUUACAUCUCCCAUUGUUCAGUCAUCUUCCCAAGCUUAAGGUACUCAGGCUUGAAGUGAUAACUGCUGUUGGAUACAUUGAAGAUAGCAGUGCUGAGUCGUCGUCUUCAUCAUUCGGGGGAAAUUCGUUGAAAGGAGGAACAGAAGAAGGUAAAGAUUUCUUCCCUUGCCUAGAGGAAUUAGUGCUUUUUGAUUUGCGAAAUCUGAAGGGAUGGCGGAGGGAAGACCCUGCAGUUAUGGAUGAUAACCAUGGCAAAACAGCAGCGGCAGCAUCACGACAAAGGCCAUUGCAGCAGAAGGAACCAAUGCCUUCAUUCCCUUGUCUUUCGAAAUUGAAAAUUGGGAUUUGCACCAACCUGACACAUAUGCCUUUGCAUCCUUUUCUGGAAGAACUGGAGCUAAAGAACGUGCCUGCCAAGCUUUUACAACAGUCGGCAAUGGCAGCAGCAGGAGGGAAUUCGGGUUAUCUUUUUUAUCUUUCCAAGCUGAAGGCUAUGCAUAUUGAUGGUAUCAUAAAUUUGGUGUCAUUUCCAGAGAAGGGGCUUCAUCAUCUCACAUCUCUUCAGCAUUUGUCCAUACAAAACUGUCCUCAUCUAGCUUGCCUUACCCAGGAAAGUAUGGAGAGUUUAAAAUCUCUCCGGUUUUUUGACAUCCGUUGUUGUGAAAUGCUCAAGUCACUUUUCAAAGAGUUUAAGCAUCUAACAGCCCUUGAAGAGCUCGAAAUCAAAGAGUGCCGAGAGCUCGAUCUAUCAAAAGAUGUGGAAGAGAAUGCUGUGGAGCUGCAAGGCCUCGAGAGCCUCCGCACGUUGAAAAUCGGUGACAUGCCGAAACUAACGUCUCUGCCUGCUGAUCUGCAGCAUGUCACAACACUCACGUACUUACAGAUCUCGAACUGUUCGAAUCUGAAGGAGUUACCAGAAUGGAUCGACAAUCUGACUUCACUUCAAAGAUUUGAAAUCCUCGACUGUCCUCAGCUAGCAUCAUUCCCAGAAACAUUUGGCUCUCUGGAAGCAUUAGAGUACCUGGAAAUUUCGAGCUGUUCCAAGUUAUUCGAUACAGGCCAAAUCAAGACAAGCAAAAAUUGGACAAUGAUUGCUCACAUCCCCGAGAUUUUCAUUGAGGGGAAGAAAAUGUGACCUCAACUCAUAUUAUACAUGUUUUCUGUAAGGAUUUUUGUUC